AUGCCCACCGUACCGAUCCACACGAUCCGGCCGCUGCUCGACCUCGUCGACUUCGCCGAGUUGGCGGAGUAUGUGCGCGAGCGCGCGCGCAGUCCCCCGCUGUGCGGCACCCCGUCGGGGCCGACGACGCGGGCCCCGAGCGCCGACCACAGCCCGGAGCGGGGGUGUGCAGUGCUGCCUUCGUCUCCUCCGCUUCCUCAGCUCUCUCUCCCCACGGCAGCGAGUGCUAGUGGCCCAGCGAGCCACCCUACGAGUCCGCCACGAAGCGACGCGCCCCCGCCGCCGUCCACUCCAGGCAAACCCCUCCAACACGUUCUCCACGUCCUUGGCCCGCACUCGCCACACACGCCGAUCCGCGACAUGCCCCGCCUCAAGCUCCUGCGCGCGCUCCGCGCCGCACACCUCUGGCCCAUGGCCGACCCCGAGCUCGCCCGCUUCGUCCACCUCCACCAAGACAUGACGCUGGGUGACCUCGUCGCGGCCUUCCCACCCGGCCGCGUGCCGGUCCCGGAGCCCAGCAGCAAGUAG